UUCAAGCCUUGAAAUACACGGCGCAUGCUUACGAAAUAUUUACGUCACGUGAUUCGCAUCCACCCGGAAGACUUGUAUUUUUAACAGAGGCGAUCAGAAACGUUGACAUUUUUAAACACUGAAUUCAACAAUGGGCUUCUCGAAUAAGGAGAUACAUCGCUUGAUAUUAGUCUUCACUAUGUGCAUUUGUCUUUUCGUAAACAACGGACUGGCGGGUAAAAUGAAGAUAGUUGAAGCGCCAAACACAUUUGGGAUUAACAACAAUAUUUUGGCUCAGGGAAACAGAAUGCAGGCGAGAGUGCUGCCAUCCCCGGUGUCUGGACCUGCACACCUUCAUCGUUUGGCUGGGAAGUGUUUCAGUCUUACUGAGUCAACGUAUAGAUAUGAGUUAUGCCCAUUUCACAACAUCACCCAACAUGAACAAUCAUUCAGAUGGAAUGCCUACAGUGGGAUCCUGGGGAUUUGGCAGGAGUGGGAAAUAGCAAACAACACAUUUAAGGGCAUGUGGAUGAGAGACGGAGACACUUGUGGCACCAGAAACAGAGAGGCAAAGGUGAUUCUUGUGUGCAGCACCCAAAGCAAGCUUGCUCAGGUCUCGGAGCCCAGCACAUGCGUGUACUCACUAAUGUUUGAGACGCCACUUGUUUGCCAUCCACAUUCUCUUUUAGUAUACCCCACCCUGAGUGAGACGCUGCAAAAGCGAUGGGAUGACGCAGAGCAGGCUCGUUAUGAAGGUCUUAUCACUGAGCAAGGAUAUGGAAAUCUCCUGAGGGAUAUAUUUGAAGAUGCUGGGUUCCUGAAGAGUCACAAAGUGAAAGAAAAGUUACCCGAGGCUGCUGUUCAAGGGGAAACACACAGCUCUUUAGAGAAAUGUAAUGAGGACUUCCAAAAACAGCAAGAAGAGAUUGAGAGACUGCGAGCCCUCCUCACUCAUCACAAUAUUCCAUUCCAUUCACAAACAGGUAACGCAGAGCAGCUCAUCCAAAAAGAUCUGUGUAGACAUCGGUGCCUAAUAUGUUGUUCUGUUACAGAUGGAACAAAAGGGGCCGGGACCACAACUAUGCUGCAACAUUUACGAGGGGAUGCCGGCUGA